CGAUUUUAUAACUUUAUGUUUCCAGUUUUGUUUUCAUACAAAAUAUUAGAGUAUUUAUUUGAAAAUCCGCUAUCAAGGAGGAAACAGGCGAUUUAAUUCUAUUCUAAAUGGUGUGGGCUGUGGUAUUUCCUUUUCCGUGGGACGGGCUAAAACCGCGCAUGCGCAGAAGAGGCUGCGCAUAAUUUUGGCUGUAAUGGUGAAGUGAAUUCUCUCUGAAUUAAGGGCUGUGGAGGGUUUUAUAUCCACGAACAUCGCCCAAUUUCUAGGUCUGGUUUCUUCCCAGAGCCGCUUAUGUGAACUGGAAUCAAUUUUAACACAUAAAUAUGUGAUCAUUUCCGAUGAAUAUGAAACUACAGAGAGUUUACACUCAACAUUAAAGCGAAUAUGUGAACAAGAAGCAGGCGGGUCAAGUUUUAUUUUCAGUUAUGUGGGACAAUAUCCCUACACAGCGAGCUUUACUGCUUCAAAGCUCAGAAACCGUGUGCAAGGAGAGCUAAACAUCUGUUUAGGCUUUGAUAUCGAACAAGGAUAAACAAUCUAAAACAAGGACAGCCUGUAUUUUUUCUUCUUUCUUUUUGUCUUUUCGAUGGACGCUAGCCUAGCUAAAGCUAGCCGAGAGGUGCGAGCGCAAUAAGCUGCUUGAGGCACCCUGGGAACGACCAGUGAUGCCAUCCUGAAGGACAUAUCGUUAAAAAAAAACCUUUUUGUUGUUGGGUUUAUAUACUCUUGGAUAUAUUUCAACGCGAUUCAGAGAAGCCACGGGACCGGGGAUGACUUGUCGAUAACCUAUGCGCAUUAAAUCGAGUGCGCAUCUUUGUUUUGCUUCACUCCGACUCUUCCGUCUGGCAAGAUUUCACACUUUUACCCAACACUGAGCGAUUUCUGCUGUUCAUGUGCUGUCUUGACCACUUAGGUCCGCGUCUCCGGAGGACAGAGGUAUGCCUGGAUCAGACCGCCUGCAUGGGACCAAGAGGAAGGCUGAAUCGCUCUACCAUCAUCAGCUGCAGGCGGCCGGCGGCGGGGAAGGUCAGCCUUUGCACGCGGGCUCCGGUAGGCAUCCCACCAAGACGACGAGCUCGUCCACUUCUUCCAAGAACAAACGAAACAAGUCCAAACACGAGGCCGAAACCGGCUCCGUGUGCGUUGCCGCCGCGCCUCCAGCAGUGGGCGCCAUCAAGCCUCUGGUGGAGUACGACGACAUCAGCUCCGACUCGGACACGUUCCUUGACUCCCCCGCCACGGGGACAACGGCGGAGGGCAGGGACGCCGAACGCCUAGAGCGGUCGGACUACGGUGAGGCAGGGGCGGGGGUCGCGAAAGAGAACAGGACUCAUAAACACAAGCGCUCCCGGAAGAAGUCCAAAGACCUCCAACGGGUCAGGGAGUCUGCGGAGGGGGCAGAAAGUGGCGGCGGCAAGAAGAGCAGUAAGGACCGGGACAGAGCGUGUAAAGAGAGCCGGAAGAAGGCUAAGGAGAAGACUAUCUCAGCUGCGUGCCUUCCUUCUACAUCAAUACGCUCAGGUGAGUCAGGAAGCAAAAGGUCCGGCGACUCUCUGUCAUCAGGUGCGGUGCAGUCUGCUGUCAGUCUAGGCAGUAGCGCCUCCUCCGCCUCCUCCUCCAUCAGUAAGGAAAGUGGCCGCUCAUCAAAAUCUCGCAAAGACAAGCGGAGGAGCGAGGAGUAUGAGGAGGACCGGAGCCAUCGGAAGCCCGCCAAAAGCCACAAGUCGAGCCCUAAAGGGAAGGAUCAGUCCAGGAAAAGCGAAGCGGACAGUCCUUCCACUGCGGAGCUCGAGAACAGCUACUCCUCCAAACGCAAAGCUGCGAGCCCGAGUCCGUACCGGGAGCCUCCCAGGCGGAGCAGACAGAGGUCCGAGAGCCCCUAUCGGAGGAGGAGGUCUUCAAGCCCCGAGAAGGAUGGAAGUCCGUAUGGGAGCAGAAAACACUCACCUGGCAGUCCUUACGGCAACCGACGCUCAUCCAGCACCAGUCCAGUGUCCAGGCCUUCUCUUCGUUCUCGGAGCCGUUCUCCUCACUACUCCUCCUCUCGCCGCUCCUCUUCCCGUUCUCGCACUAAGAAACAUUCUUUGUAUUCUGGAGGAGCCAGCAGAGGCUCCUCCCACAGCAGUCGACCAGGCAGCCGCUCCCCUUCGUCUUCACGUUUGCCGAUCACCUCCAGCCUGGGGGCCGAGCUGACGCGAAGAAAGAAGGAACGUCAGGCGGCGGCCGCCAAAAACUCCCCCUCCCUCCGACCCAACACGUCCAAUGUCGCAAAUGCGCUGGUGAAAAACACUGAGGCGCCGCCACUAGAGACGGCCCCGCCCUCAGAGCCUCAAAGACCGCCCUCCCCACCUCCGAAUACUGUUGCGGCGGAGGAGCCCACUGUGGUUCCUCCGCCACCUCUCCCAUUAUCCAGUCCACCUCCGCUGCCUCUCUCAUCUCCUCCGCCUCUCCCGGCGAACUCUCCUCCUCCUCUUCCUCUCUCAUCCCCUCCACCUCUUCCUCUAAACAGCCCUCCGCCUGCUCCUCCACCCUCAGCACCUGCUACGCCUGCUUCUUCUCGCACGAAAAGCCCCAAACAGAAACAUACGCAAAGUCCCGCACACCUGAUUAGGACCUCCACACUUCCACCUCUUCCCCUGCCGCCGGUUCUUCUGGGAGACUGCAGAGACAGCAUGAACCAAUCAGCUUGUGCCAAGUCGUUUAACUCUCUGCUUUCCCAGAAGUCAUCACGAAAGGACAGGGAAAAGGAAAAAGAAAUCAGGACACGCCUUCUCAGUGAGUUGCCCCUCCCUCCAGUUCUCCCUGGAGGAGACCCCUCCCCUCCACAGUCCCCUGCUCGAGAAUCCCCACUGCUUCUGCAACCAACCUUCAAGAAGAGACCAAAGAUUUGCUGUCCUAGAUAUGGAGAGAGGAAGCAGACUCAAAUUGACUGGGGCAAGCGCUGUGUGGAUAAGUUUGACAUCAUCGGCAUCAUUGGAGAAGGAACCUACGGUCAGGUGUACAAGGCAAAGGACAAAGACACAGGAGAGCUGGUGGCAUUGAAGAAGGUGAGAUUGGAUAAUGAAAAGGAGGGUUUCCCCAUCACUGCCAUCAGAGAGAUCAAGAUCCUGAGACAACUCAACCAUCGCAGCGUCGUCAACAUGAAAGAAAUUGUCACUGAUAAACAAGACGCUCUUGACUUCAAAAAGGAUAAAGGUGCAUUUUACCUGGUGUUUGAGUACAUGGACCAUGACCUGAUGGGGCUGCUGGAAUCGGGGCUGGUGUCUUUCUCCCAAGAGCAUGUGCAGAGCUUCAUGCGUCAGCUGAUGGAGGGAUUAGAUUAUUGCCACAAAAAGAACUUUCUACACCGAGACAUCAAGUGCUCUAAUAUCCUGCUAAAUAACAGUGGUCAGAUCAAACUUGCCGAUUUUGGUUUGGCUCGUCUUUAUAACUCUGAGGAAAGUCGGCCGUACACUAAUAAGGUGAUCACACUGUGGUACCGCCCACCUGAGCUGCUACUGGGAGAGGAGAGAUACUCUCCUGCUAUUGAUGUCUGGAGUUGCGGGUGUAUUUUGGGAGAGCUCUUCACUAAGAAACCAAUUUUCCAGGCCAACCAAGAGCUUCUACAGCUUGAGCUGAUCAGUCGUUUGUGCGGGAGUCCGUGUCCUGCUGCAUGGCCAGAUGUAAUUAAGCUGCCGUACUUUAAUACCAUGAGACCCAAGAAACAGUACAGACGACGCUUACGGGAGGAAUUCGCUUUUCUGCCCACCUUUGCUCUUGACCUGCUGGACCACAUGUUGACGCUGGACCCCUCGAGGCGCUGCACAGCCGAACAGGCCCUGGCGAGCCAGUUUCUGUGUGAUGUGGAGCCCAACAAGAUGCCGCCACCUGAUUUGCCUCAUUGGCAAGACUGUCAUGAGCUCUGGAGCAAGAAGCGGCGGCGGCAGAGACAAAGCGGAGCGGCUGAGGAUUUCCCUGUUGCCAAAGUUCCCCGAAAGGAACCCGCAGGACCUUCAGGAGGGGAGAACAGCCGCCCGCCGCCGAGUCCACCCCCACCACCCUCAUCUGCCCAUCCCGCCCCGGCAAACAUCACAGCCAGUGAGCUGGAAGGUUUGGGAGCCGCAGCAGAGCAGUUGAACCAGACCGAGCUGGCAGUGCUGCUGAACCUGCUGCAGGGUCAAACAGACAAUCUAAGCAUCCCGCAGAUGGCGGAGUAUCUCCGCAGCUCGUCCUCUGAAGCCUCCACGUCCGUGCUCUCCAGAACGCCCGCCGCCCUCUCCACCCCUGAACCGGACGCGGCGCCGCAGCUCGAACUGCUUAGUCAUCUCUCCACCUUAAUCCAAUCCUCUAGCGUCCCGCAGCCGGCAGAACUCCCGCAGGAAGACCAGGCCGGCCUGCUCACGCUCCUGUUGGAGCAGCUGAUAAAGGCCCCGGCGCCGGGGGCGGAGCAGGCAGAUGAAAGCAACGGAGUCCGGCCGGAUGAGGGUACGGCACGAGGCGGCUCCGCUUCUGUCAUGGGCGGCGAUCGCGAGGAUUCUGCAUUAGUAAAUCCAGAGGCAACAGGCUCGAAGUCUGCAAAACACGCUCACGACAUUACAUCAGAUGUAGCUACGACCCUGCUUCAGCUUAUCUCCCAGCAGGCCUCAGAGAGCAGACAUCCCGCUACAGACCUGCGCCCUGGACGGGGACCCUCCUCUCCCCCGAGCGCCACCCCACCACCGGCUUCCUCUUACGCCCCCUCGCAUAACGCUGCUCCUGAAACUCAGUUCACCCAGGACCAAGACCUGAGGUACACCCUGGGAGGAGCCGCCGGCCCUUCCUGAACCGCUGCACUGAUCUUUUUGUUCGUUGUCAUUUUUUACUUAAUGUGCUUUAACUGUUAAACCUACGUUUACCACAUAUUAAUAUAUUUCUUUCUUCCGUUAAAGGAAAAAGUGAAUGUUAAAGGAACUGUUUUUGAAUGCGAAUGGAUGAUGUUCAUCCCUCCCAGAGAUGUACAGCAUUAUUUGGAGGCUGUCUUUUCCCACUUCUCCACGACGGUCAGUGAGUUUUAGCCAUGUGCGAUUUCUUUGAGGGCUGCGUAAAUGUCUAAAUCAAGCUACUUUUUUCGUGCUGAUAUGUGUAAAGCAAGAGGCUCGAUCCAGCUUGUGCUACUUCAUCCCAAAGGCAUAAGGAGAACUUGAAGUCAUUUGCAGUACUUGAGUGAGGCCUUUGUUUUCAAAGAUUUGUAAUAGCUUGUGCAUAAGAUGUGUUCUUAUUUAGAUUUUUGAUGGGGGGGGGAAAUGUAUGUCCUCAUCCAAAUGUUGUUUUCAGGACCACAUGGUUUAGCAAAGUUAAUUUAAAUCGAAAGCAUCCUCGGAAAGACACUGAACUGACUUGAAUUUUAGCGCCAGAAUUGCCAGUUUUGAUUUGACUACACCCAAUGUACAUGUUGUAAACUGAUAAUAAAUGAAAAAUGUG